AAAGUCACGUGCCCAUCCCUUGCGGCCUCCGCCCACCGGCCCCCCCUCUUGCGCACUGUACAUUCAUAUCAUUUUUCUUCUCCGGCCCCAUGGAGGAAGUGAGAAAGUUGGCACGGUUACUCAGGGCUUCGCAGGACACGGUCACUCAGUGACAGAUGGACAAUGCAAGAAUGAGCUCCUUCCUGGAAUACCCCAUCCUUAGCGGUGGCGACUCGGGGACUUGCUCAGGGCGAGCCUACCCCUCCGAUCAUGGGAUUACAACUUUCCAGUCGUGCGCAGUCAGUGCCAACAGCUGCAGCAGUGAUGACCGCUUCUUGGUGGGCAGGGGGGUGCAGAUCAACUCACCCCACCACCAUCAUCACCACCAUCACCACUCCCAGCCUGCCACUUACCAAACUUCUGGGAAUCUGGGGGUGUCCUACUCCCACUCGAAUUGUGGUGCAAGCUAUGGCGCACAGAACUUUGGUCCGCCUUACAGCCCCUACGGGUUAAAUCAGGAAGCAGAUGUAAGUGGCGGGUACCCUCCGUGCGCUCCCACAGUUUACUCUGGAAAUCUCUCAUCUCCCAUGGUCCAGCAUCACCACCACCACCAGGGUUAUGCCGGGGGCUCGGUGGGCUCGCCUCAAUACAUUCACCACUCAUAUGGACAAGAGCACCAGAACCUGGCCCUGGCUACGUAUAAUAACUCCUUGUCCCCUCUCCACGCCAGCCACCAAGAAGCCUGUCGCUCCCCUGCAUCGGAGACAUCUCCAGCUCAGACCUUUGACUGGAUGAAAGUCAAAAGAAACCCUCCCAAAACAGGGAAAGUUGGAGAGUAUGGUUAUGUGGGUCAGCCUAACGCUGUGCGCACCAACUUCACCACCAAGCAGCUCACGGAGCUGGAGAAGGAGUUCCACUUCAACAAGUACCUGACGCGUGCCCGCAGGGUGGAGAUUGCUGCGUCCUUGCAGCUCAAUGAGACCCAGGUGAAGAUCUGGUUCCAGAAUCGCAGAAUGAAGCAGAAGAAACGUGAGAAAGAGGGCCUCUUGCCCAUCUCACCCGCUACACCACCCGGAAGCGACGAAAAGGCCGAGGAAUCCUCAGAGAAAUCUAGCUCCUCACCCUGCGUUCCUUCUCCGGGGUCUUCUACCUCAGACACUCUGACUACCUCCCAUUGAGGCUGCCCCAGCCCCAGACUCUGCAGCCCAGGCCCCUCCUUGGGUUGGGAUUCCUCACCCAAAGCACAUUCUUAGCUUAUCUUUCUUUCCAUUUACAGUCUCUCUUCCUUUCUGAUCCUAUCUGGGGAGCUCCUGGCCAGGGUAAUGUGUUUCCAGAUAAUUCUAUGCCAAAGACUCAGUAGGGGGUUAACUCUUUAAUCCAGAUUGGGUGCCAGCAUCAAUUUCUGAUGACCCCUAACAUCCUUUUCUGAUUUUAGGAAGUUUUCACAGGACUUACUGUUUCUUUCAGAUGUGCUUUGGAAAGCAGUUCCCUUUGCCAGCAGAAACAUGUCAGAGGGAGGCAUCUCACCUUUUAUCUAACUGUAUAUUUACAGCUCUCCUUUACCUGGUCCUUCAAAGUAGAAUAUAGAGAAAGGAGGAGAGCCCAGGAGCUCAUGAAGAGGAGAUGCACUAUGACUGUGUUUACACAAUUAAUUCAUCCUUAAUUUAAUUCAGUUUCUCCUGUGUGAAUUUGCUGACUGUAAAUACUUUGUCCUAAGAGAUUUAUCUUUAUACAAAUUUUCUAGAGAUGUUUAGACUAGGUCACUAAGUCAGACAGGGUGGGCAAACUCAAAAGUGGUACAAUUUUAUGUGUAAUUAUAAGUGGAAAAAAUAAAUUCAUUUAAACCCAAUCAGAUGCUCAGAUGAUAGCCUCCAUUUCUUCUUUUAGUGAGUUAAGAAAGCCUAUAGAGCACAACAUUAAAAAACUUGGCUUCCUGUGCUAAAUCUCUACCCAACCCUACCCUUUUCCUGUUUCCCUGGCUAACCUCCAUUUAAACUCUGUGCUGAUUUAUUUAGACUCUAAAGGUAUUAUUCCAAUCAAUUUCUUUCCAAAGUAAUCUUAGCUGGAUAUGGUGUAUUUUCAGCUCAAUUGUUAAUGUGAUGGAUGGCACAAUGAAUGUAUAUUUUGUGUGAUUCGUGAAUAGUCUUUUGCAUGUCGCACAAUGUUUUGAUGUCCCUGAAGUACCACACUGAGUUCUAUCAGUUUAUUCUUUGUGAGCCUAUCAUAUCCCUCAUUUCCUGUACAAUCAUGAACAGUUCUGAGAUCCUGAAGUAAUGUGAUCCAGAGCAAAGUUUACGGGUCUUACAGUGUCUGUAAUAAAUAUAUUCAGCUUUCAGGUAUGCUUAAGCAUCUGUGUAUUUGGCUAGGUUUCAGUUUGCUGCUUCAUACCAUAGACAGUUGGCUCAUUUCAUGUAGAGGAGAGAAGGAUGGUGUGUGUUUUCAAUGAAGUGGGCCUUUUCUUGAAUAAAAGGAAGUGCUUUCCAUUAUCAUGUAGCUGGAACUUAGCCUGAGUGGAAUUUCACAUAACCAAUGUCUAUUUAAUAUAUUGAUUCUCUUUAACAUGACAACAGCUCCUUUAUUAUAAUAAAGUUUAUCAUGAGAAAAAAGAAUAGUGAAGAAA